AUGGCCAACUUCCAUCAGCAGCAUGUCCUAGUCAUGUUCAAGGACUGCCAGCACAACCAUGCGGCCCAAGCUCAAGGCUUCACUCUCGACGGUUGCGGGCUUUUCGAGCCCAACGGGCCAAACGCCACACCCGAGUCCCUCUUCUGCGCUGCAUGCGGUUGUCACCGCAACUUCCACCGUAGGGUUGAGGUAGAUCUCCCACAUAAUUAUUCAACUCAGAAUGUAAACCCCACAAGCCCACAUCAUCAGCCAUCUGAUGAGCAGCCACAAGCCCAAGAACCCUCCAGCAAUAGCCCUUCUGCCAACGGAAGGCAAGAAGUGGUGAGCGGGCUUCGCGAAACGGGGCCCGCUAGGGUUAGAAACAGAAUAACUAGAGAGCAAAGCGAGAGAAUGAGGGAGAUAGCCGAGAGGAACGAGUGGAGGAUGUUUCGCGAUCAUUCCGAGGAGGAAAUCAGGCGUAUAUGUUCGGAGGUCGGUAUAACGAGGAACAUGCUGAGAAGAUGGAUCUGUUACCACAGGGCUAAUAAUAAUAAUGCAGCCCCAGCCGCGGGUUCAUCGGCUGAUCGACACAGUCCUUGA